AUGACAUUGAGCAGAAAACUAUUUUCAAAAAUAGUUGAAAUUCAGAAGGUAGUCGAAGAAUUAAGAGCUGACCAAAAAUUAAUGGCGGAAGAUAUUUCGAAAUUAAAAAUUAGUAUGGCAGCCAAUGACAAAGAAUAUAUAGAUAUAAUGAUCACUAACGUUGCAAAGGAGCUAUUAACCAAAAAAAUUUAUCCGACGUUCAAGGAUUAUAAAGAAGCAACCUCAGCAUACGUACAACGGAAUGAUAGGGAAUUUUAUAAUACAUUUGGUUCCCGUCGAUGGAAUUUGUAUUAUGAACGAAAAUUAAGAAAAAAGUUAACCGUAAAAUUACGAAGUAAACGUGGAACACUAUCAACCCGUAUAAAAAAGGCAAUUUUUUAUGUUUUUUGUUUACCUGAAAUAAAAAACAAAGCGAAAGCAGAUGAAAUCUCCUUGUGGAAAAGCCACCCGACUGUUUCUAAAGCUUACAAUAGUCUUUUUAAAAAUAUUAAUAAUGAUGAAAACUCCCCGACCUAUAUGACGCAAGUAAUAGAAAAAGUUUGGCCGAAAACGGAAGCAUCCGACUUGCAUACCGCUUGGGCAAUAUCAAUCGCUGAAGUAUUAUUGAACCCCGAUAAUGGAGAAAUCAGUGUGUCAGAAGAAAUAAUUGAUUUUCUUCUUAGAAAAAAUAUUGCUAAAAUAGCAAAUAAAGAAAUUGAAAUUGAAGCGGAGGAGGAUGUACAAGAAUUAUUUUUUUCGCCUUCAGUCUCUCCAUCUUUGGAAAAAGCUAGAAAAAAACGAAAAAAUAAACCCGAGGAUAUUGAUGAUGUGAUACCCUCACUUGCAGAAAUUCGAACAAAUGCAUUAAAGAAAGCAUACGAAACUAUUAAUAAAAAAAGAAAAACAAAUAAAGUCACACUUUUUAUGUUUAACAAUAGUAGUAAUUAUAAUUCAUAUGUCAAUGAUACCUUAAUAAUUUCAAGGAUGAAUUUAAAAGAUGAAAACAAACAAUUACUUCUUCGUGAUGGUAGAAUGCCUAAUGGAUCUUCUCAUAUUAUGACAUUUGUAAAUGUGGAUGGAAUAAUAAAAUCAAAAAGAAUUUGA